AUGAAUUCAGGACAGCCAGCUGACCUGAGGAUUGUUCUGGUGGGGAAGACUGGAGCAGGGAAGAGUUCAACAGGAAACACCAUCCUGGGGAGAGAUGUGUUUCAUUCUAAGUCAAGUGCAAAUCCUGUGACUGAACAGUGUGAGAAACAAAGUGUAGUGGUGGAUGGGAGGAAGAUUGAUGUCAUCGACACUCCUGGGAUCAGUGACACAUCAUUGACAGACACAUAUUUGAUUUAUAAAAUAUGGAAACAGUUUUCUGGAAAAGAUAAAGUAGAAAUAGAGAGAUCCAUCAAGAUGUCAGUCCCAGGACCCCAUGUGUUCCUGCUGGUGAUCAAGAUGGAUAGAUACACAGAGGAGCAAAGAAAAGCUGUGGAGUUCAUCCAGGACAACUAUGGAAAAGGGGCCUCAGACUACACUAUAGUAUUAUUCACUGGUGCAGAUCAGCUGAAUAACUCAACAGUAGAGGAGUUUCUGAAGGAGAGCGAGAGUCUUCAGACACUGGUCAGAGUCUGUGGAGGCAGAUAUCAUGUCUUUAACAAUACAGAGCAGAUAGACUGUACUCAGGUCAGAGAGCUGCUGAGGAAGAUAGACAGUAUGGUGAAGUUCAACGGACACUACACCAAUGAGAUGUAUGAGAAGGCUCAGAAUGAGAUCAGGAACAGACAGUUGUUAGAGUUGGGUGUAGAAGUUGGCAGCAGAGCUAUAGCAUUAAGA